ACUUGCAAGGCAGGCGACGGAACCACUGAGCUAAAUCCCUGGCCCACAAAGAGAUUAUCUUGAGACAUUCUCUAUGUGGAAGCUCUGGGUGGAAAUGAUCCUUCGUUGGAUUGGAGGCUGGAGAGUUAAGAUUGAGAUUUUAAAACCUAAGUCCCAAAUCACAGCCUGAAGAGCUUCCAACAGUAAUUACCUCUGUGCGGGGAGCAGAGGUCCUUGAAAGGGUCUGUUGCCUCACCGAAUCUUCCCAGGAUGAGUGGGGCUGUAUCCACUGAUAACCCAGCUGCCUGGGAACUGAGAGGAGCCGGCUCCAAACUCCUCAGCUGUUGACAGGCGUGACUUGCUGAGAACACUGGAUAAAUAUAGCACGCUGGAGCUCAGCUCCUCAGCAAAGCCAUCGCUCUGACAGCGCUGUGAAGGGAACAGAGCAGAGAAACCCAAUCUCAGAACCCAACAACACCUAGCAACAGUUGAAAAAACUUUAAACAAAAGUCUGGGUGGGAGACAUACGACUACGAAUCUGUGCUGAUCGGGAUUUCAGGGAGAAGCUGCUGGCCCCCCAGCACUGUUUCCUGCAUGACUUCAGCUAUUGGCUGGUCCUAGCAAAGAAAGUGGGAAAAGCUUUUCCCUCUGUAUUCUUUGGGGCUGGAUAGUUUGCCAGGACCUGAGUCUGCCUUGGGCUGUAGGACAAGCCACUGGGUUCUUCAAAGGAUAAGCCACCUUCCUAAAGGACAUCCCGUGGGUUAAACAAGCUGCCAUCAGGUGGGAAUGAGAUCCCGAAACCAAGGUGGCGAAAGUUCAUCGAAUGGGCAUAUCUCCUGCCCCAAGACCUCCAACACCAGUAAUGCCGAUGAGAAAAGUCUCUCAGAAGAGGCAAAAAAGAAGAACAAAUCAAAUAGGAAGGAGGAGGAUGUCAUGGCUUCAGGAACAGUCAAACGACACCUGAAACCAUCUGGUGAAAGUGAACAAAAGACUAAGAAACGUCUGGAGUUAUCCAAAGAAGAUCUCAUCCAGCUACUCAGUAUAAUGGAAGGGGAGUUGCAGGCCAGAGAAGAUGUGAUCCACAUGCUGAAGACGGAGAAAACCAAACCCGAGGUUCUGGAGGCUCAUUAUGGAUCUGCAGAGCCGGAGAAAGUGCUUCGGGUCCUGCACCGAGAUGCCAUCCUGGCCCAAGAGAAGUCCCUAGGAGAUGAUGUCUAUGAGAAGCCCAUCUCAGAGCUGGACAGGCUGGAGGAGAAGCAGAAGGAGACAUACCGGCGUAUGCUGGAGCAGCUGCUGCUGGCAGAGAAGUGUCACCGGCGGACAGUGUACGAGCUGGAGACGGAGAAGCACAAGCACUCAGACUACAUGAGCAAGAGCGACGACUUCACCAACCUGCUGGAGCGGGAGCGCGAGAGGUUGAAAAAGCUCCUUGAACAAGAAAAGGCUUACCAAGCCCGCAAAGAAAAGGAAAAUGCUAAGCGGCUCAAUAAACUGAGAGACGAGCUUGUCAAACUCAAGUCCUUCGCACUCAUGCUGGUGGAUGAAAGACAAAUGCAUAUCGAGCAACUGGGCCUGCAAAGCCAGAAAGUGCAGGAUCUUACCCAGAAACUGAGGGAGGAAGAAGAAAAGCUCAAAGCUGUCACUUCCAAAUUCAAAGAAGACAGGCAGAAACUGCUCAAGUUAGAGGUGGACUUCGAACACAAAGCCUCGAGAUUCACUCAAGAGCAUGAAGAGAUGAACGCUAAGCUGGCUAACCAGGAGUCUCACAAUCGACAACUGCGACUCAAGCUGGUCGGCUUAUCUCAAAGAAUCGAGGAGCUAGAAGAGACCAACAAAAAUCUACAGAAGGCAGAGGAAGAGCUUCAGGAGUUAAGAGACAAAAUCGCCAGAGGAGAAUGUGGCAACUCCAGCCUCAUGGCAGAAGUGGAAAAUCUCCGAAAGCGCGUACUGGAGAUGGAGGGUAAAGAUGAGGAGAUCACCAAAACCGAGUCCCAGUGCAGGGAACUGCGGAAGAGGCUACAGGAGGAAGAACACCACAGCAAGGAGCUCAAACUUGAAGUGGAGAAGUUACAAAAGAGAAUGUCCGAGCUGGAGAAACUGGAGGAAGCGUUUAGCAAGAGUAAGUCAGAAUGCUCCCAGCUCCACUUGAAUCUGGAGAAAGAAAAGAACUUAACCAAAGACCUGCUGAAUGAAUUGGAGGUCGUCAAGAGUCGAGUGAAAGAGCUCGAAUGUUCUGAAAGUAGGUUGGAAAAGGCUGAGCUAAGCCUCAAAGAUGAUCUUACAAAGUUAAAGUCAUUUACUGUGAUGCUGGUUGAUGAAAGGAAAAACAUGAUGGAGAAAAUAAAGCAAGAAGAGAGAAAAGUGGAUGGACUCAAUAAAAAUUUUAAGGUGGAACAAGGAAAGGUUAUGGAUGUAACUGAAAAAUUAAUUGAAGAAAGUAAGAAGCUCUUAAAACUGAAGUCUGAAAUGGAGGAGAAAGUGUACAGUUUGACCAAAGAGAGAGAUGAGCUGAUAGGUAAGCUGAAAAGUGAAGAAGAAAAGUCCUCUGAAUUAAGCUGCAGUGUGGAUUUGUUAAAGAAGAGACUCGAUGGGCUAGAGGAAGUGGAACGAGAAAGAAGAGGAAGGUCUCGAAAAGGGCCUGAGCUCACCUGCCCAGAGGAUAACAAGAUCAAGGAGCUAACACUGGAAAUCGAGAGGCUGAAGAAGCGCCUUCAACAGCUGGAGGUGGUGGAAGGGGAUCUGAUGAAGACUGAGGACGAGUACGACCAGCUAGAGCAGAAAUUCCGAACUGAGCAGGACAAGGCCAACUUCCUCUCUCAGCAGCUAGAGGAGAUCAAGCACCAAAUCGCCAAGAACAAGGCGAUAGAGAAAGGGGAGAUAGUGAGCCAGGAGGCCGAACUGAGACACAGGUUCAGGCUGGAAGAGGCCAAGAGUCGAGAUUUGAAGGCUGAGGUGCAGGCCCUCAAAGAGAAGAUCCAUGAGCUGAUGAACAAGGAAGACCAGCUUUCGCAGCUGCAGGUGGACUACUCGGUCCUCCAACAGAGAUUUGUGGAAGAAGAAAACAAGAACAAGAGCAUGGGGCAGGAGGUGCUCCACCUGAGCAAGGAACUGGAGCUGUCCAAGCGUUACAGCCGCGCGCUUCGGCCCAGCGUGGCAGGGCGCCGGAUGGUGGACGUGCCCGUGGCGUCCACCGCAGUGCAGACCGAGGCCGCGGGCGGCGAGGCAGCCGAGGAGGAGUCUCCGGCCAUGUUCAUCCGCAAGUCCUUCCAGGAGGAGAAGCACCUUAUGAGCCACCUGCGCCAGGGGGCGCUGCGCAGGCCCGCGGGCCGCGGCUCGGUGCUGGACCGGUACCCGCCAGCGGCGGGCGAGGGCGCGCGGCGCGGGGCCUGGGUGCCCUGGGCGCGGGGGCGCGUGGAGCCCGAGCCCGGCCCGCAGGAGGGGCGGCCCGAGCCCGGGGGGCUGGUGCUGGCGCCCCGGCACGGCCAGCCGCUGCACAUCCGCGUCACGCCGGAGCGCGGGGGCGGCGCGGCCACGCUGGAGAUCACGCGCCCCACGCCCGAGGAGUUCUUCUCCAGCACGACCGUCAUCCCCACGCUCGGCGGCCAGGCGCCCCGCAUCACCAUCGUCCCCGCGCCGGGCGCCGACGCCGAGCGCGCCGCCUCCCCCGUCACCAUCACCACGCUGUCUCGGGAGCGGGCGGCGGACGGGCGCGCGUCGCCCCUGCAGGUGCGCACGGUGGCCACGGCGCCUGCGCCCGCGGAGACGGCGGGGACCCCGGGGGGCCCAGCGCUCCCCCCCGCGCCCCAGGAGGCGCCCGCAGGGAGGACGGUGCUCAGGGUCACCCCCGAGAAGCAGCCGGGCCCGCCGACCCCGCGGAGGUACAACGCCAACGCCAGCAUCAUCACCACGGAGGACAACAGGAUCCGCAUCCACCUGGGCGCGCAGGCCGAGGGCGCGGGCCCCGUGAUCACCGUGCGGCCCGCGGGCGGGGAGGCAGCCCCGAGCCCCGGCCUCCGCGCACCCCGCGGGGCGCCCGCCGCGCGGCCCAGCGCAGGCAAGGUGACCAGCACCAUCACCAUCACGCCCGCCACAGCCGCGGCCACGCGGGGCACCCAGGCGGCGUCAGGACAAGACGGGUCAUCCCAGCGGCCUGCACCCACCCGCAUUCCUAUGUCAAAAGAAAGCGUCAUCAUUCACCAGUUGCGGAUGAACUCUAGAUGAGCUGGUAAGCCCAGCACACACUGGACGUGUGGCUUCCUGUGAAUCCCUGUUGAGUGGAAAGUAUUUCUGCAGCCUCCAUCAUCAUUAAGAUCCUCCAUUCUACUGAUUACGACUGGAAAUAUUUCACUACUUCCGGUGAUUUUUUUUUCAGGAUAUAAUGUAAAAGCUGAAAAUAGCCUUACUGAUAACAUGAAAAUAGGUAGCAAGAGCAAUUGAAUCUUUGUGUCAAGAGAAAUAUCUCCUCCUUUUGCAAAGCUUUCAGGUCCAUGGGCACAUAAUAUGUAAUUUAUUUUUAUAAUACACUGUAAUGUGAUUUCUCUUUUUUCAUAGUUUAUGGCAAAUGUAUCAGUAGAAUACACUGUCAGCUCUCCAAAGUAUUGGUAUUGUUGCACUCAAAAUGAUAACAUAAUUUUUUUUGUUAAUUUGUUGUUUCUGAUGAAAAGAAAGCACAACACUAUUACUUCCCAGGGUAAAUGAAAGAGGUAACAUCUAGGCACUGGAGACGCUGGAAGAACUUUUAUUAUCACUUGUACAAGGCUAUCAUUCUGAUCAUGGUGCAGUACCAACAAAUAAUGCUCUGAUUUGGGAGUUUAAUUUUAAAUAUUUAAAACCAGUUUUUAAAGUUGCGUUUCUUGGUGUUCUGAGUCAAAAUCCCUGGAUAGACUGAUUUUCAUGCGUAACAAAUUAAUAAAAAGGAGAUGUGCCAGUUUAACCAACAAGGGAAACAGGAACAACUUCAACUGACAAUUUAAUUCUAUUUCUAUUUUCAUUAUUUAUGUAUAUGUACAAGAUGUAAUAACUGUGAUGCCAAGAUAUUUCUCACAUUCUGCUCCAAUGAAACUUGCAAAUAAAAGCCAACCUAGAUAAUGUUAGUGUCUUGUUAAAAAGUUAGAAAAAUACAAAGAUAGAUAAAUUCCCCCUACCCCACCCCGUUUUUGAUAGGUUUUUGUAGCUACAUGCAGGUAGAGAAAUAUAUUCUUUAAAGAUAAAAAGUACAUUCAUUAAAGAUUUAAAAAGCACAACAUCUAUUAUUCAAAUCUCAGUGUCAGAGCUGCUGUUGAAUUUAGGUUUAUAUGACAAUAAAGUCUACUUGAAACUUUACUAAUUCAGGUUUUAAAAACUGUACCUUAAAAAAGACUGUUAGUGUGGACAUGUUUUCAAUGAGGUUUUUAAAGAUGACUUUAAAAUAUCACAUGGUUUGUCUUACAAGAGAAACCCAAAAUAUAAAUAAAGAGUAGAAUAAAAAAGCUAGAUAAUAGGAAAUAGGGAGAGAGAGCUUUCUCAAAUGGGAAGGGGAUCAAGAGAGGGAGAGGAGGGAAGAGGAGGGAGGGCCAGGCAAGGUAAUGAAAAAGAAUUAAGAUGUGUUACAUAUGUGUGCCAGCUCCCUGCAGAGAAUGUGAACAUUAUGUACUGCAAACAUGUACUAAUAAAAACCCACAAAAAACAAAUUUAAAGAUAAAGUAAGAGCUGAGACAUCAAUUUCUUAAUGAAGAAAACAUUUACAACAUAUCUUUAGUGAGAUUAAAGAGAAUGCUUCCGAGUGUUACAGAUAUCUGCCAGCCACACAGUUAAAACCACUGGGUCAUCUCUCCAGUCCACAUGCUGUACCCAGGCGCAUAAGCCCACGGGGCCACCAAGUCUCUGCAGUAGAAAAAUUCAUGCUAAAUUUCCUUCCUUAUGUAACCUUGGAAGGUUUUAAAGUAUACUUUGUGGAAUUGUCAAAUCAUAUUCAACAUGUUAUAAAUUAAAGAACUAUGUUUUGUUAAAAUUA